GCCUUAUCCCAUUGGGAGGGAGAGUUGCUCAAGCUCUCGGCGCUGUUAACAUCCUCCACCUCUACUCCGCUGCGCCGGGAUCACAACGAGGAUGUGGCGUUUGACGGCGACAUUGCUGCUGGCCUCCCUGGCCUCCGCCAUCCCCCAGGGUGGUUACCUGCCACCUAGACCUGACACUGUCUGUGAGACAGUCACCUCAGUCGCGUACACGACUCGCUAUCAGACCUCCGUUGUCGUUCAGACCGUCGAUCGUGUUAACACACAGUACCGCACCACCACCCUUGUUAGUCAACAGGUGGUUCCCACCACGAUAUACAGGACUCAGGUCCAGACUCAGGUCCGCUAUCAGACCAGUGUAGUCCAGCAGACCACAGUCAGAUACGUGGACCGAGUGGUAACCCAGACCGUAACAAGCCCUCCCCGUCAGGAGGUCCAAUACAUCACCACGACCCGCGUGGUGCCCCAGGUCAGCUACGUCACCCAGACACAGGUACAGACACAGGUAGUACCUGUCGAAGUUACCCGCACAGAGACUCGGACUGUCAACCAACCUGUCGUCAACUACCAGACGCAGGUGGUGCAGCAAACCCGGUACGUCUCCAUCCCCGGACCUGACGUGGUUCGCACCCGCGUGCAGACCGUGGUCCAGACCUCACUGGUCCGCCAGCAGCAGCCCGCCAACACCCGCUACGUCACCUCCACCAGCGUGCGCCAGGUGGUCCAGACCAGCGUCGUCCGGGGCCAGGAUGUGAUCCGCACCAGCGUGGUCCAGCGCCAGCAGGUCAUCCCCUUCACCUCCGUCAACACCCGUUACGAAAAUGCUUACGUCACCCGCGAGCAGGUCGUCACCCGCACCAACGUCGUCACUCAGACUCGAGUCAGCACACAGGUCGUUCCUCAGGAGGUGGUGACGACCCAAGUGGUGCCCACCACCAUCUACACCACUAUCUACAGGACCCAGGUGCAGCCCUUCACGCAAGUGCAGACUGUGGUGCAGACCCAGUACGUCACCCCCACCCCUGUCUACCAGACUAGGGAGGUGACGCGCACCUCUGUGGUGCAGGUGCCCGGCCCAGACCGCGUCAUUACCCAGCAGGUGGUGCAGACUCAGCAGCGACAGCAGGUCGUCUACCAGACCGUCACUCAGCCCCAGCAGGUUACUGUCACCAGGACCGUCACUGGCACUUGCGAAGAAAAAGGAUACAACUACGACAAGCCUGCCAUUCCCUUCAACUUCGGGGGAUAAUCAAAUAUUUACGUGCUUGAAAAACGUUUUUCAUGCAUUGAACACCAUACAAAUUAGAGGAAAGCACUUUCGAACAGAAGAUGAACCUAACAUCCAAGAAGCAUACUUUUGUAUUUAUGUUUUAAGUAAUAAACUAAUAAUAUUAAAAUAUGUUUUCUCCAACACGAAAUAUUGCCAACAUUUAUAAGAGUGGUAAGUCUGUAUCUUCAUUGCCAUUUUUCAUGAUACAUGCAACAAACAUAUUUUAUAGAUCGUGCAAUGACUUUGUUAAUAUUUCAGGAUGAAGGUGCUGCUUCUGUCGCUGUUGGUGGGCUGCGUGGUCGGGGCCUCAUUUGAAAGACAACGGAGGCAGUUAUUCGGCAACAGUUUAAGCCUUCAGUCGUCCCUUGGAGGUUACCUUCCUCCUCCACCUGACAAGUGCGUACCCUCCACCGUCUAUCGCACACAGACCCAAUACUCCACUCAAGUUGUUCCCUCUACCGUCUAUAGAACCGAUGUUCAGUACAUCACCCAGACAGACUACAGAACCCAGCAGGUGUACACCACCGUCUAUUCGGAGAUCGUGCGAACCCAGCAGGUCCCCUCCAUCGUGUACCAGACAAGGACGGUGACCCGCACGGAGGACAGGGUACGCACCCAGGUCGUCACGCUCCCUCCUCAGGUCAACUACGUCACACGCACACAAGAGGUUGUCCGCACCCAAGUCCAGUACCAGACCAGGUACACCACCCGCAUCCAGCAGGUGCCCACCACCGUCACCAGGAACGUGGUGUCCACCCAGGUGGUUCCUCAGCAGGUUUACAGCACCGUCUACCAGACCCAGACAGUCACCAGGACCCAACAGCUUCCGGGACAGACCCGCACCGUCCAGAGCACCCAGUACAGCACUGUCUACUCCACCACGGUCAUCCCUGCUCCAGAUGUGGUGCGCUCCACCACCGUCUACAGGACCAACGUUGUCACCCGAACCGUCACCCAGCCGGGACAGACACGAGUCGUCACCAGCACCCAGGUGGUGCCUGUCACCACCACCAUCGUCUCUGAGGUGGUGAUCACCAACACACAGACUCAGUACGUCACCCGCACACAGGUGCAGCAGCAAACGACCACCGUCUACCGCACGCAGCAGGUGCCCCAGUACACCACCAGGAUAGUGACGGUGCCCCAGCAGGUGGUCAGCACUCAGGUGUCUACACAGGUGGUGCCCACAACUAUCUAUACUCAGCAGACGAUUCAGACCACCGUCUACCGGCCGGGCCAGACCCAGUACGUGACCGUUACUCGCACUGCUGUCAACACCCAGCAGGUGCCCGGCAGGACCCGCACCCAGUACGUCACCAACACCGUCUACAACACCAACUACGUCACCUCCACUACCUAUAGACCGGUGUACAACACCAUCACCGCCACCACCACCGUCCAGCCUGACUGUAAAACUGGUUACGACUACCAAGCUCCUGCCAGGCCCUUCAACGCCUUAGGACGUUAAGUGAAGCACUGGAGAAUAUGGCAAAAGGUGCGCAGUCCUCCAACCAGCGCUCCAGUCUACUGUCCAUCACCUUUCAUUGUUCUCGGAAAGCAAGAUCCACCACAUCAAUGAGACGGUCUACUUCCGGUCUUCACUUUGGUUAACAAUGCCAAACAACCUUAUACUAACCACAGAAACGUAAUACAAAAGUAUGCUUCGAUCAACUCUAUUUGUAUGGUAUUUAAUAUAAAAAUACAAUAAAAUAUUACUGUAA